AUCGACUUCCCGCCACACCCACCAAGAAGCCCACGCCACUCUAUCCCAGAGCUCUCGAUGGUGCUUCUCCGGCUUCAGGGCUGGAGUUGGGGUGGAGGGCGGGAAAAACCAGAGAGAGAAAACAUAGAGUACCCCGGCAGCCGGCAAGAGGAAGAGAGAGUGGCUUCCACAUCCCCAAUAUCCUAGAGGCGGCUGGGCGGAGGCGGUCGCACAAAGGGGGCACCGGGGGCCGCUCCAGCCGCGGCCGACCAUAGAGAUGCGGCUCCAGCCGGCACGGGGUCUGGAGCCUUCCAGGUUACAAGCCGCCUUUCCCGUUCGUUGGCUCUUAUGAUCCAGCUCCCGCCCGGCGAUGUGGACACUGUCAUCACCUCCAUUUUACAGACAGGAAAGCUGAGGCCCAGAGAAGCGAUGCGACUGUGUCUGUCCAAGGCUACGCGUCCUCCUGCCCGGAAGAUAAGCGUAUUUCUUCUCUCGUGCCCACCUGUCUCCUACCUCACGCUGCCCUUCCUCAGGUGAAGGUUCUUAAUCUUGACGGCUCAGCGUCCUCCUUGGCUCCCCCCGGAGGCCAUGUAUGGCCAAGCUGGAAGAUUCCCCAGAGCAGCGAUAAUAUUCACAUUUAAGAGGCCAAAACACACAAGUCGGUGGUGAUGACAGACCCACUUUUGGACUCACAGCCAGCCCAUAGCACCGGAGAGAUGGAUGGACUGUGUCCUGAGCUAUUGCUGAUCCCCCCGCCUCUCUCUAACCGUGGAAUCCUGGGGCCUGUCCAGAGCCCCUGUCCUUCCGGGGACCCUGCGCCUUUGCCUACUGAGCCAGGCUGCCUGCUGGUAGAGGCCACAGCAACCGAAGAGGGUCCAGGGAACAUGGAGAUCAUUGUGGAGACAGUGGCUGGAACCCUGACCCCAGGUGCUCCUGGAGAGACCCCAGGUACAAACACAGUUGCAAGCAGGCCAGUGGGACAGGCAGCUCUGAGCCAAGAUUGUGCCCCUCAACCACAGCCUGGACAACAAAGCGAGACUCUCAAGUGGGAAGAAAAGGGUCAAAAAGAAACACACGAAAUUGUGUGUAAAAAUCUCACUCUCUCAACUCUAUUCCCUCUCCCAGGGGAUGUGGUCUCUGGCACCGAGUCCCUCUUCAAGACCCAUAUGUGUCCAGAGUGUAAGCGCUGCUUUAAGAAGCGGACCCAUCUGGUGGAACACCUUCAUCUCCACUUCCCAGACCCCAGUCUCCAGUGCCCCAACUGCCAGAAGUUCUUCACCAGUAAGAGCAAGCUCAAGACCCAUCUGCUGCGGGAGCUGGGUGAAAAGGCCCACCACUGCCCACUGUGCCACUACAGUGCAGUGGAGAGGAAUGCACUCAACCGCCACAUGGCCAGCAUGCAUGAAGAUAUUUCCAACUUCUACUCAGACACCUAUGCCUGUCCUGUCUGCCGUGAGGAAUUCCGCCUCAGCCAGGCCCUCAAGGAGCACCUCAAGAGCCACACGGCAGCAGCCGCGGCAGAGCCGGUACCCCUUCGCUGCUUUCAGGAGGGCUGCAGCUAUGCAGCACCCGACCGCAAGGCCUUCAUUAAGCACCUGAAGGAGACCCAUGGGGUGCGGGCUGUGGAGUGCCGCCAUCACUCAUGUCCCAUGCUCUUUGCCACAGCCGAAGCCAUGGAGGCCCACCACAAGAGCCACUACGCCUUCCACUGCCCCCACUGUGACUUUGCUUGUUCCAAUAAGCACCUAUUCCGUAAACACAAGAAGCAGGGCCACCCUGGCAGUGAAGAGCUGCGCUGCACCUUCUGCCCCUUUGCCACCUUCAACCCAGUGGCUUACCAGGAUCAUGUAGGCAAGAUGCAUGCUCAUGAAAAGAUCCACCAGUGUCCUGAGUGCAGCUUUGCCACUGCCCACAAGAGGGUGCUCAUCCGACACAUGCUUCUACAUACCGGUGAGAAGCCUCACAAGUGUGAGCUGUGUGACUUCACAUGUCGAGAUGUGAGCUACCUAUCGAAGCACAUGCUGACCCACUCCAACACCAAGGAUUACAUGUGCACUGAAUGUGGCUAUGUCACCAAGUGGAAGCACUACCUCCGUGUGCACAUGCGAAAACAUACAGGGGACCUCAGGUAUCAGUGCAACCAGUGCUCCUAUCGCUGCCACCGGGCUGAUCAGCUGAGCAGCCACAAGCUGCGGCAUCAGGGCAAGUCUCUGAUGUGUGAGGUGUGUGCCUUCGCCUGCAAGCGGAAGUAUGAGCUGCAGAAGCACAUGGCUUCCCAGCACCACCCUGGCACACCGGCCCCGCUCUACCCUUGUCACUACUGCAGUUACCAGAGCCGCCACAAGCAGGCUCUGCUGAGCCAUGAGAACUGCAAGCAUACCCGCCUCCGUGAGUUCCACUGUGCCCUCUGUGACUACCGCACCUUCAGCAACACCACACUCUUGUUCCACAAACGCAAGGCCCAUGGCUAUGUGCCUGGAGACCAGGCCUGGCAGCUCCGCUAUGCGAGCCAGGAGCCAGAAGGGGCCAUGCAGGGCCCGACACCCCCACCAGAUUCAGAGCCCUCAAGCCAGCUGUCUGCCCAGUCCAAGGGGCCAGGUCACGAACCUGGGACUGUGGUGGACCCCAGCUUGGACCAGGCCCUGCCAGAGACAAGUGAGGAGGUCAACACUGGAAGACAGGAGGGCAGUGAGGCUCCCCAUGGGGUUGACCUGGUUGGCAGUUCCAGCCCAGCAGAGGUGGAAGAGGGCAGCUGCACACUACACCUAGAGGCCCUGGGAGUAGAGCUGGAGUCUGUGACUGAGCCACCCCUUGAGGAGGUCACUGAAACAGCCCCUAUGGAGUUCAGGCCCCUGGGACUGGAAGGGCCAGAGCUAUCUAACUUUGAAGGUAUUGGGACUUCUGACUUGGGUGCCGAAGAAAAUCCCCUUCUGGAAAAGCUAGCAUCUGAGCCCUCCACAAAUCCAUCCUUAGAGGAGGCCCCUAACAACUGGGUAGGAACCUUCAAGGCAACUCCACCUGCUGAGACAGCACCCUUGCCCCCGUUACCUGAGUCAGAGUCGUUACUCAAGGCUCUAAGGAGACAGGAUAAAGAACAAGCAGAGGCAUUGGUGCUAGAGGGGCGGGUGCAGAUGGUAGUGAUCCAGGGAGAGGGGCGAGCCUUCCGCUGCCCCCACUGCCCUUUUAUCACUCGCCGGGAGAAGGCCCUGAAUCUGCACUCCAGGACUGGGUGCCAGGGCCGCCGAGAGCCCCUGCUGUGCCCUGAGUGUGGGGCUAGCUUCAAGCAACAGCGUGGCCUCAGCACCCACCUGCUGAAGAAGUGCCCUGUUCUGCUCAGAAAGAACAAGGGCUUGCCCAGACCAGAUUCACCCAUACCUCUGCAACCUGUGCUCCCGGGUACCCAGGCCUCAGAGGACACACAAGGUGGGAAGCCCCCACCUGCACCACUAGAAGCAGAGCUACUGCUUCCGAAAGAUGUUCCUUUGGAGCUUCCCAAGGAGCCAGAAGAAACAGAAGAGCCUCUUGCCACAGUCUCUGGUUCCCCAGUCCCUCCUGCAGGAAACUCCUUGCCCAGAGAGGCCCCUAAGAAGCACUGCUUUGACCCAGUCCCUGCUGCAGGAAACUCCUCGCCCACAGAGGCCCCGAAGAAACACCGCUUUGAGCAGGGCAAGUUUCACUGCAACUCCUGCCCAUUCCUUUGUUCCCGGCUCUCCUCUAUUACCUCUCACGUGACUGAAGGCUGCAGGGGAGGACGUAGUGGGGGAGGAAAACGAGGGACCUCCCAGACCCAGCUUGUGUCCCCAUUGAGCAAUGAGGACUCUGCUCCCCUGAAGAAUAGGAGUACAGAGUCCAGAUCUGGUGAUGGGGAUACAGUUCUGGUUCAAAAGCAGAAGGGGGCUCGCUUCACCUGCCCCACAUGUCCCUUUAGCUGCCAGCAGGAACGGGCUCUGAGGACUCACCAGACACGGGGCUGCCCCCUUGAGGAGUCUGGAGAGCUGCACUGCAGCCUCUGCCCAUUCACUGCUCCUGCUGCCUCUGCCUUGAGGCUCCACCAGAAGCGGAGGCACCCCACUGUGGCCCCAGCCCGUGGGCCCCGGCCCCAUCUGCAGUGUGGGGACUGUGGCUUCACCUGUAAACAGAGCCGUUGCAUGCAGCAGCACCGGCGGCUCAAGCACGAGGGGGUGAAGCCUCAUCAGUGCCCCUUCUGUGACUUUUCCACCACCAGACGGUACCGGUUAGAGGCUCACCAGUCCCGACAUACAGGCAUUGGCCGCAUCCCCUGCAGCUCUUGCCCCCAGACAUUUGGUACCAACUCGAAACUGCGCUUGCACCGGCUAAGGGUACAUGACAAAACACCCACCCACUUCUGUCCACUUUGUGACUAUAGUGGCUACCUUCGCCAUGACAUUACUCGUCAUGUCAACAGCUGCCACCAAGGCACCCCAGCCUUUGCCUGCUCCCAGUGUGAAGCCCAGUUCAGCUCAGAGACAGCACUUAAGCAGCAUGCUCUGCGCCGACACCCUGAGCCUGCACAGCCUGUCCUUGGCUCUCCUGCAGAGACCACUGAGGGCCCCCUGCACUGUUCCCGCUGUGGGUUGCUAUGCCCCAGCCUUGCCAGCUUACGAGGACACACCCGUAAACAGCACCCACGGCUUGAGUGUGGGGCCUGCCAGGAGGCCUUCCCUAGCCGACUGGCUCUGGAUGAGCACCGGAGACAGCAGCAUUUCAGCCACCGCUGUCAGCUCUGUGACUUUGCUGCCCGGGAGCGGGUGGGCCUGGUGAAGCACUACCUGGAACAGCAUGAGGAGACUUCAGCAGCUGUGACAGCCUCAGAUGGGGAUGGGGAUGCUGGCCAGCCCCCUCUGCACUGCCCCUUUUGUGACUUCACGUGCCGCCAUCAGCUGGUACUAGAUCACCAUGUGAAAGGGCAUGGGGGCACUCGUCUCUACAAGUGCACCGAUUGUGCUUACAGCACCAAGAACCGGCAGAAGAUCACCUGGCACAGCCGCAUCCACACUGGGGAAAAGCCUUACCACUGUCACCUGUGCCCUUAUGCCUGUGCUGAUCCCUCUCGCCUCAAGUACCACAUGCGGAUCCACAAGGAGGAACGGAAGUACCUGUGCCCUGAGUGUGGCUAUAAGUGCAAGUGGGUCAACCAGCUCAAAUACCACAUGACCAAGCACACAGGACUGAAGCCAUACCAGUGUCCCGAGUGUGAGUACUGCACCAAUCGGGCUGAUGCACUGCGUGUGCACCAGGAGACCCGGCAUCGAGAAGCACGGGCUUUCAUGUGUGAGCAGUGCGGCAAGGCCUUCAAGACGCGCUUCCUGCUGCGCACCCACCUUCGCAAGCACAGUGAGGCCAAACCCUAUGUGUGCAACGUGUGCCACCGUGCUUUCCGCUGGGCUGCUGGCCUGCGCCAUCAUGCCCUCACCCACACCGACCGCCACCCCUUCUUUUGCCGCCUCUGCAACUACAAGGCCAAGCAAAAGUUCCAGGUGGUCAAGCACAUACGCAGGCACCACCCUGACCAAGCCGACCCAAACCAGGGUGUGGGCAAAGACCCCACCACCCCCACAGUGCACCUGCAUGAUGUGCAGCUGGAGGAUCCCAGCCCUCCUGCUCCUGCCACUCCCCACACUGGACCUGAGGGCUGAAAGCCUGCCCCACCUGAAUAGGAAGAGGGUAUGGUCUGAGAUGUGCAGACUGGGAUCAGCACUAACCUGAGGAGCCUAAGGAAGGACUGGCUUUUGGGGAGCAAGGGUGACUAGAACCCUCCUGGGACUCUGGCUAUAGUACUUUGAAAUUAUCACCCAUAUAAAAGGGGGACAUGGACUACAAUGUUGAUUUCUUAUUGCUGUAUAUUGUGUUUUUAACCUGCGAGUUCCCGGUUUCUUCACCAUCACUCCAUCAAAGUCCCUGGCUAUAAGAUCUGGAUUUUACCCACUCAAUCUUCUCUUUCCUUCUUACUGUGUCAAGUCCUAUUUUCUUUCAGAAUCUUCUAAAAACAAUUGUAUCUAACCGCAUGUGCUGUUGUGCCUAAUGCUCUAUAAAGCAUGUUAAACAGAAA